AUGACUCGUUGGAAUGCUGCACGGACAAAGAUUCAGCUGAAGCUGGCGAUUCAGCGCUCACGCAUGCUACAAGAGAAAAAGGCCGCUCUUGCGAAGCGAGCCCGACUUGACAUAGCUGAGCUGGUGGAGCGUGGCAAGCUUGAAUCGGCUCGUAUUAAGGUCGAGUCGCUCAUUAUGGACGAUGUUCAUUUAGAACUUCUUGAGGUGCUCGAGCUGUAUUGUGAGACUUUGCAUGCUCGCUUUGCAUUACUUGAGCUGAAAAAUACUGAACCCGAUGAUGCUAUACGUGAGCCUAUGCUAGCUGUCAUCCAUGCAGCGCACCGAACGGAGCUUCAGGAAUUGCAUGUACUUAAGGACAUGCUUAGUGCACGCUAUGGCUCAGAGUUCGCCGACGCGGCGCUAGAAAAUCCCGAUGGUCGUGUGCCGGAACGUAUUACGCGGAAAUUGGCUUUCUCUAUGCCAUCACCCGAGCUUGUUGAUGCUUACCUCACCGAAAAGCGUACCAAGUCCAAGUACCUGCCGAGGUCGCUUGUCAAAAUGUAA